CCGCCUUUGGACUCCACAAUAAGUGCCCUUAGAAGGAAAGCCUGUCAGACUGUAAACUUGGAGCAGUCUUUUGCGCCUGGAGUGGCGGUGAAUCCUCAGUUCACAGAAGUCAGCGACCAAAACCACUUUUCGGCUCAGUGACGAGCGAAGAUGGAGCCCGUGUAAAGAUGAUGGUGUAGGUGGGGAUUAUCAUCUUAUUAAUUCUCGGGAUAAUCUCCAGAGGUCUUGCUGUCUUGCGAGAAGAGGAAUUUGGAGGACGUGUGCCGGGGAGAAGUGGCCGCUGUGUGUGGCGGUGGAGGCGGGGAGGUGAGCAGCGCACUCCGUGGCGGAUGACAGGGGCAUGGAGAUGUUGCGCCGCUCCUCUGUGUUUGCGGCUGAGGUGUUUGACCGCUCCCCCACCGACAAGGAGUUGGUGUCCCAGGCCAAAGCACUGUGCAGGGACUACAUCCAUUCCAGGCUGAACCGUGCCGGCGUUGGCUGGUCUAAUCCCGAACAUGGGCUGGCUGCAUCAGGUGGGACGCUGGGAGAGAUAUCGACGGUUCUGCUGUGGCUGGGUAAUGAGUUGGAAUACCUUCGACCCAACGUUUACCGUAACGUAGCGCGACAGCUAAACAUCACAGUGGCAUCAGAGAGUGUGGUGUCCGACGCCUUCCUGGCUGUGGCUGCAGACAUUUUCUCCACAGGUGUAACAUGGGGAAAGGUGGUGUCUUUAUACGCCGUGGCGGGGGCCUUGGCAGUGGACUGUGUACGCCACGGUCAUCCAGCCAUGGUCCAUACCAUCGUCGACUGCAUGGGGGAGUUUGUCCGCAAGAGUCUGACGUCCUGGUUAAAAAGGAGAGGGGGCUGGGUGGACGUGACAAAAUGCGUGGUGAAUACUGAUCCCAGCUUCCGCUCUCACUGGCUGGUGACUGCUGCCUGUGCCUUUGGACACUAUCUGAAGGCCAUUGUGUUGUACCUCCUGCGGGAGAAGUGAAAGACAAAGUCACAUGCUGGAUUUGGAGCAGACUGACCGGCACUGCACACCACCACCAGCACCACUCCUCCGCUGAAGCAUCCACUGCUCUGGAUUAUGUUUACACUCAUUUGCACUGAGCCUUCACUGAUGAGCACCUAUUCCAUUCGUAGACAAUGGACUUGUCCUGCUUCUUCUGCUUCGCCGUGGCUAUUUAUUUUGAAAGCUUAUACAGAAUAUUGCCACACAUUUGAUGUGAAUGUCUAAAAAUCACCCGCUGUUAAUGUUUUUAGCUUUUCAUUUUUCCACAAACAGCAGAGUUGACCAUGCGGAUGCCUGUUCGCCAGGGGUUUGGCUGCCUCUAGUGGUUGAAAGUGGUAACUACUGUAUCACUCAUGGUGGUCUAACUAAGGUCCCCACUUCUCACCUGGAUGGCAUACACAGGCCAACAGACUAGUCCAUGCUAGAUAAGUGGAAAGUGCAUCACACUUCUUCUAACUAAAGGACUGAAUGAAUAUAGUUGGGGGCUUGGGGCUCAUAAAAGGGGAAGGGUUCAUGUAUGUCUUUCUCUUUGCUGAAGGGAGGGUAGUCUCUGUCUCACUCCAGAUUUAUAUUUUGCUUCAGCUUCAUCAACAACGAUCCUGUCUCUGUUUAAGGGUUUUAUUUUUCUCAUCACAAUAGCUAGUAUCCAGCAGGACCAACAAGUCAGCUUUGAGAACAUAUUUUGACUGAGGUUCUAUUAGCUUAUUAAUGGUUAACUACAAGAAACUGUUAAUUAACAUAAGGAUCUGCUUGCUUUAGGCCCUUUAGGCCCUCUCCCCAGUCCCUAAUGAGUCAGAUGAAUUGAGCCUACACCUGCCACAAAAUGUAUUUCAGACAGCACUAUACGUUCAAUGCAGCUCUUGGUCUCUGUAUUCCUUUUUCAUUGUGAGGCAGUGUGUUUAUAUUGCUGUACUGUGAUGGCAGAAAUGCUAAGUAACAGUAUUUUUUCUUUGAGUUAGAGCACUUUGAUAACAUUUCAAUAUAUGAGUAGAAUUUAUUCCAUGAAUAAUUUCACUUUUACACGGCACAUAGGAUUAGGUGACAGAGAAAAUAAGCAAAUUUGUAUGAGUUACAUGCAUCUGUAAAUAUUAAUGUUAAU